AUGGCAUGGUUAGAUAUCCGUUCCCUUCUGAGAUUCUCGGCAAUUUUCCGCGUAAUUCUAAUCCUAUACGGAGAAUGGCAAGAUUCUCACAUGGAAGUUCGAUACACCGACGUCGAUUACAUCGUGUUUUCCGACGCCGCUUCACUAGUCGCUUCUGGUUCUUCUCCUUACAACAGAACCACCUACCGUUAUUCACCUCUACUCGCUUUUCUUCUUGUUCCUAAUUCACUACUUCAUCGCUCCUGGGGAAAGUUUCUCUUCUCUUCUGCAGAUAUACUUGUGGGAUAUUUUAUCUAUUACAUUCUAAAGCUGCAGAAGGUUCCUGAAAACCUCUGCAACUACUCUGUCAUGGCAUGGCUUUUUAAUCCAUUUACGUUCACCAUUGGGACACGCGGGAACUGUGAACCCAUUGUUUCUGCCAUGAUAUUGUGGAUUAUUGUCUGUCUUAUGAAAGGUAAUGUGUUACAGUCAGCAAUUUGGUAUGGACUUGUUGUCCAUUUCAGGAUUUAUCCUAUAAUUUAUUCUAUUCCUAUAAUCCUGGUUCUUGAUCCGAACUUCUUCCCAUCUGGCCAGAAACCCGUCCUAAGGAAUUGGAGUGCUGUUCAGAAAGAGAGACCCGAAGACCCGAAUGGCUGGUUCACCCCACUUAAUUUAUUGAAAAGCAUAUUCACAUGGAACAGGGUGAUAUUUGGACUGGUUUCAGGUUCAGUUUUCCUCUUUUGUACUGGUCUGUUCUUCUGCUUAUAUGGUUGGGAAUUUUUACACGAGGCACUACUGUACCAUCUUACUCGUACCGAUCCAAGCUUUGCAAAGGAUUUGCCAUUUUGCCUAUUUGUGCAGACUGUAUCAUUUGUUGCCUUCAAUAAGGUGAUUACUGCACAGUACUUUGUUUGGUUCUUUAGCUUGUUGCCUCUAAUACUCCCAUGGAGUAAAAUGAAGCUAAAAUGGGGUGGAUUGUCUUGCAUUCUUCUGUGGAUUGGAGCUCAGACUCAUUGGUUAAUGUGGGGCUACCUUCUCGAGUUCAAGGGUAAAAAUGUCUUCUUACAGCUUUGGGUGGCAGGCUUAAUGUUUCUUGCUGCCAACAUAUUCAUCCUUGUCGUGAUUAUUCGUCAACAUAAAUAUUCUUCUGUUUUCAAAGCUUUUGAGUAUACUCACUCCAAACAUACAACUAAGCUCGAGUGA